AUUGUUGUUAAUUUUAUCUCUAAACUUAGUUCCGUAAAUAUCACAUUGCAGGUUAACAACAUGCAUGAAAUUUUUAUAUUUGUUAAUAUUAACAAUAUAUAUAUAAUAUAAGAUUAAUAUUUAUCGGAUUUUUUGCCUACAGCUUAGGUUAAGAUUGAGUUUUCGUCACAUUUUGUAAAAAAUCCCGAUGUUUUAGGGUCAGUGUCAAGAAGUCUUGUACAAGAAGAAACCUAUCUAUACAGAAAUCGUCAUAUUCCAACAUAAUGCCUUCCAAGAAAAAGAAAUAUAACUCCAGAUUUCCUCCUGCAAGGAUUAAGAAAAUAAUGCAAACUGAUGAAGAGAUAGGGAAAGUUUCAGCUGCAGUUCCUGUUUUAAUUUCGAAAUGCUUGGAGAUGUUUUUAGCCUCCAUUUUACAACACACUGGCGAGGUAACGAAAGGAAAACACGCAAAAACCAUGUCAACUUCCCAUCUGAGAGAAUGCAUACAGACAGUAAGUAUGUUUGAUUUCCUCAAAGAUGUUGUAAACUCCAUUCCUGAGACACAGAAUGAAGAAGAAGGAAUUGUACAACCAACCACAGAAGGGCAGGAUGACAGUAAAGCUAGGAGCAAACCACAGCAAGGAGUUGCAAACAAAAGAUUAAAACUCGUAAAAUCUGAAUCAGAUCUUGAAAUAGAGACUGAUUCUGAUGAAAAAGAUGGGGAAAUCAAAAAAGUUAAAAACACUCACAUUUCUCAAACUUCAAUACAAACAAGUUUAUCUGUUCAAGGGGUAUCUGCGCCUGUUGGAAAUCAAAAUAAGUUCCAUAUUCCUCUUGAAAACGUUCUCACUACGGGAGCACACGUUGUGCAGCGAGUGUCAAGUGAGGAUGAGUCACUUACAGGGAAUCCCCCUCAUAUGAUACCACAAAACCCAGUGGACAUGACCUAUCAAACGCUGAACACGAUGCAUAGACCAAAACCAAACUCUGGAGUUGCGGACCAUAAGGAACCUCCGCACAAACCAAACAGUUUUGAGCCGCCACUGCACCCAGUGAGGCAACAUUCGCAAAGUGAUUACAGGCCAACUUACGGCAACGGUAUCGCUUACCCUACAGAAGAUACAAAUCGAAUCGUCGAUUUUUCGUAUCCUUACAACCCGAUGUCUGAACACACAAGGGGGCUUGCCUCGUCCAUCCAUCCAGCGGGUGGCACCAGCAAGUCAAGGUCACACCUCAGUGAACAGGAUGAUUAUGACAUCUGACAUCUUGUGGCUGACGCUUUUAAUCAUUUUCCAGUAUUUGUCAGAUUAAGCAGUCCGCAUGAAUGGGCACAAUCUUCGUAUUUUUAUCACAAAUUGCUAUUUCACUUCUGUUUUGUUGCAAAUUUAGUUCAUUACCAAAUCGUAUUUUCAAUACAUUGCUUGACACUCACUACAUUAAUACUUGGUAUUAGUAACACACAUGACAACAUACGUUCACAUUUUUUGUUUUGGUAUUAAAUUGUAAAUUUCAUUGUUACAUAUUGUACCUGUGUAUCGACAACCAAGCAGUUAUUUUGUGUUUCUCUGCUAUAAAAACAUCAAA